GCGGCCUGGAACAUUUGUAAUCCGACGUUAGAAGUCAGCGGAUCGUGGCCAAAAAGUGUCCCAGCCAACUGGCAAAAAAAAAGUAAAAAUACUUCUGAUUCCUGACUCUGGACUUCGCGUGUGUGUCUGUGCCCGAAGAUUUGGAGUUACUGUUAGUUGACACUAAUACGAGAGCGAGUGAAAUACGAGAAAUACAAGAAAAACCGAACGUGUAUCGCGAGUGCAAAAAUAAACAAAAAAAAAAUAAAAACCCAAAAAAUAGGAAAGAAAAUCACAAGUCCCCAAGAAAAAAAACGUAGAAAAAACCAACAGAAACCUGACGAAAACGAAACUGCAAUCUUGGUCAAAAUGGUGCGGUUAACUGCAGCCUGGAGCUGCUUUUUGGCCCUGACAGCGUUUGUAUCUGCUGCUGCCGCCUCCACGGCGGAUUAUCCGGGUGUUAUCGAACUGGUGGGCUAUAGCAAUCGCCGGGCACGCACCUAUUUCCAGGAGACACCACGCUCCAAUCCUAAUCCCCAGCCCGGCUUAACCUCGGCCAAAACCCGUGCGGACAUUGAGACUGUGAAGAGGAAUAUCCGGAAGUACGAUCGUUUGCUGGAACUGGAUACGAAAAAUCUGCCAGAACAGCAGAAGGAUAUGCUGGCCAGGAUUGUGGAGAGGGUGGCCAGGCUCAAGGAAUCCCUGGACAUUGAAGAGCAGCAGUUUAACCAGCAGGAAGCCACUUCCUCCAGGAGCAGCAGUACAUCGAGCACCACGCCUCAGGAAACGGAAGCGGAGACGGAGCGGGAUCAGGAGUCCAUUGAGCAAACCACUCAGCCACCCUCUGGAUCCACCGAGGCCGAAACGGAUCCUACCCUAAUCCUGGACGAAACCACUCUGCUGGAGCUGCAAAAUACGAUGAACGAGCAGGCUGCCAUGAGCACGAUUAUGAAGGAACUCCCGACCACCACGGAUGUGAGUCAGCAGCAGGAGGCGGAUUCGGAGGCCACCGAUGAGGAGGGUGAAACCACUUCACCCAAUCUGACCACCCAGUCGGAGGCUUCGACUACCAGUGACGAAUCCCUCACCGAAUCCACCGAUCCCGAUGAUCAGUUUGUGGCUGCCAGAUCGAAUAACAAUAUAGCGGCCAUAACGGCAGCGGAUGAUCCCGAUGGCACCACCACAACCACAGCGAAUUCGGGCAGUCAGCAGCGCACAUUAACCACCAUGGGAAAACUGAAGAAUAGGGCCACGAAGCGACCUUUCGCCCACAAGGUCACCGCCGCCCUGAAAAGAGGAGGUCAGCGUCCGAGCGCCGUGAGUGCAGCGGCUGCAAAUGCGGCAGCGGCCUCGAAACCGAGUGGCAGCACCACCUCCACCGCCAGUAGCACCACCCAAAAGCAGAAGAUCGCCACCAAUAGCUUCCAGCAAAAGCAGCAGCAAGCGAAGCCCCUGCAAAAGGUUACACCCUCGAUAGGAGGCGGUGGAUCUUCCAACCCGUCCUCAUCAUCGAUUCCUUCGGCCACCACAAAUUCAGCAUCGCCAGCCCUGCCAAUCGAGCAAUUGUACACACGUACUCCUCAGGCCAAUAUUCCACUUGCAGCAGCGGCCGCAGCAGCAGCAGCAGCAUCCUCAUCCGCGGCAGCUCCAGGAUCUGGAGGAUCAGCCGGAUCGGGAGCCACGCCAGCCACCUACAGCAACCAGCAGGACAGCAUGGUGUACGAUGCUCAUGUCAAUGCAUCGGCCUUAAUCGACAGCCUUAACACAAACGCUCGCGAGGAGUACUACCAACAGAAACUGGGAGCGGCCAACAAGGAUAAUAAGAAAACGGCGACAGCGAAACCGACGAAAUAUCAUUAUUAUCCGCACAAUCAGCACAUCUAUCUGCUGCCCGAGUGUGCCAUUCAACAAGUUUGUAAUGCCGUCUACGUGAGACUCAACUACACCCAACCACUGUGCGCCUGUCCAUCAAGAUAUCGUGAUCCCUGCUCGGCCAGCCUGAAUGAAGAUGAUCAGCAUACCACAAAAUUGGUUGGCGAUAAUAAGAAGAAGGCCAUCACGUUGGCCAAGACCUGCGAGGCCACCACCGAGAUGCGCGAAUGCCGUUCACCCAAGGAUUGGUCCCUUCUGGCGCUCCAGAACACACGAACUGGCAAGUCGCACUACCUGGUCAUCUGCCGCUGUCCCGAUCACUUCAAGAUGGAGGGACCCAUGGCUCAUGACCAGCCCACAUAUGCCAGCGUGCCCGGAAUCCGAGUCUUUGGCAUGAUGUGCGUGAAACCGGGAUACUCGGUGCGCAAGCCCAGCAACCAGCCACCCAAGAGGUAUCAACUGCAGAAGCCCUUCUAUCGUCCUUCAGUCGGAACAACCCUUGGCGGGCAAAAGGAUAGCUAUGGCCGACCCAUCUAUGGAGGUGCUAGCUCCGCGGGAAGUUCAGCCAUCAGUUCCAACUACCAGCCGCAAGAUCAGAGCUUCCAGAAUGGCGGAAGCAGUUCCUAUCAGUACCUCAAUCGACCGGAGAGCAGCGGUAGCCAUAGCUCCGCCAACUUCCGACCGGAUCAAUUCUCGAUCAACAAUUUCCCGGGCAGCAACUACGGACGCAACAACGAGAGACGCGGCGAUUUACCGCCCAUCGAGGCUAUUUCCAGUGGAUCGGGAACCGGAACCGAGGAGCAACCGAGCAGCAGUACUCCAGCCGGUGAGGAGGAGGCCAGGACCACUCUGCAAGCGGAACAGGAAGCGGAACCGGCGGCUGCAGCGGUUCCAGUGACGGCGGAACUGACCACCACGGCGGAGGACUCAGCUAUCGAAAGCCGUGCCAGGCGAUCCCUACCCGAAACGGACGACUUUGAGCCGGAGUUCCCAUGGGAUCGCGUCCUUGAGUUCCAGCAGAGCAUUAUUUGGGACUAAGUUCCGGGAAUACCAACCAAUCCUAGUAGAUACAAUUUCAAUAGCACAAGGCCAUUUCCGGCGACUAUAAACUGUGCAAAAAAAACAACUGUGACUGAAGUAACGAUGAGAAAAACGGAUGAAAAUGGCUUCAAUAAAGCAAAAAGUUCACGUCACGUAACGUCUAGCGUAGCGUAACGUAAUUAGCUAAGCUUUUCUUAAUUUAAAAACAAGUUUUUAGGCAUUUCCCUUGGCAUUUCUUCCCAGCGUACCACCCCUCUUAAUUUAUAUAUUUAUACAUGUAUUUAUUUACAAAACAAUUUACGAAUUAAUUAAACAAUUACACGUGCCCGGGCACGAUCGAACUAAUUGUUUAAUUAAUUUGUUUUGCAUUUAAGCGUAAACAAGGCCUCAACUUUUAAAAAUAAUAUUUAAAGAUUUAAACGAAUAGUUUAGGUGCAAAACUGGAAACUAUUUUAAAAGGAAACGAGAAAACAAAAAUAUAAUAAAAACAAAAAACCAACACCGAAAUUAUGUAACCUAAAUUUAGUUGCUUAUUUAUGUUUAGACCUAAGCUGCAUUUACUAGUAGUUAAAUAAAAUACUAUUUUAAAAUAUA